UUCCCCUUCCCCUGGCACCGGGUGGCAGCCCUGGGCUCUUUGCAUAAGCCUGUGGCUUCCCUAUCUUCACCCAAGGCAGUGGCACGGCGGAGGGGAAGGGCAGGGCUGGCCACCAUGGCGACGCUCUCCUCCCAGCCCCGGCGGCGCCCUCCCCUUUCGCGCCAGGCCAUCAAGAUAAGGCGCCACAGGGUCAGAGAUCUGAAGGAUCCCCUGCCCCACAGGGCUCAGGAGAUCGAGCCUCCAUCCCACCACUUGUCCCCUGAGGAGCGGGCCCUGCUCUACGAGGAAGCUCUCUACACGGUCCUGUACCGCCUGGGUCAGCCCGAGCCCACCCAUGUGGGGGAGUCCUCUGAGCUGCUUCGAUACCUGCAGGAGGCCUUCCGCAUGGAGCCCGAGGAGCACCAGCGGCUGCUGCGGCAGGUCCAGGAGCUCGAGAAACCAAUAUUCUGUCUGAAGGCCACGGUGAAACAAGCCAAGGGCAUUCUGGGCAAGGAUGUCAGUGGGUUCAGUGACCCCUACUGCCUGCUGGGCAUCGAGCAGGGGGUGGGUGUGCCGGGGGGCAGCCCUGGGCUCCAGCGACGGCAGAAGGCAGUGGUGAGGCACACCAUCCCGGAGGAGCAGAUCCACCGCACCCAGGUCAUCACCCAGACACUCAACCCCGUCUGGGACGAGACCUUCAUCCUGGAGUUUGAGGACAUAAGCAAUGCCAGCUUUCAUCUGGACAUGUGGGACAUGGACACCGUGGAGUCCGUCAGACAGAAGCUCGGAGAGCUCACAGAUCUGCACGGUCUGCGAAGGAUCUUUAAGGAGGUCCGGAAGGACAAAGGCCAGGAUGACUUUCUGGGGAACGUGGUUCUGAGACUACAGGACCUGCGCUGCCGGGAGGAUCAGUGGUACCCUCUGGAGCCUUGCACGGAGACCUACCCAGACCGUGGUCAGUGUCACCUCCAGUUCCAGUUCAUUCACAAGCGGAGAGCCACCGCGGCCAGCCGCUCGCAGCCCUGCUACACGGUGCACCUCCACCUGCUGCAGCAGCUCGUGUCCCACGAGGUCACCCAGCACCAGGCGGGCAGCACCUCCUGGGAUGGGUUGCUGAGCCCCCAGGCCGCCACCGUCCUCUUCCUCCACUCCACGCAGAAGGACCUGUCCGACUUCCACCGGUCCAUGGCGCAGUGGCUGGCCUACAGCCGUCUCUACCAGAGCCUGGAGUUCCCCAGCAGCUGCCUCCUGUACCCCAUCACCAGCAUCGAGUACCAGUGGAUCCAGGGCCGGCUCAAGGCAGAGCAGCUGGAGGAGUUGGCCGCCUCAUUCAGCUCCCUCCUGGCCUAUGGCCUCUCCCUCAUCCGGAGGUUCCGGUCUGUCUUCCCCCUCUCCGUCCCCGACUCCCCAGCCCGGCUGCAGUCUCUCCUCAGGGUCCUGGUACAGAUGUGCAAGAUGAAGGCCUUUGGAGAAGUGUGCCCCGAAAGCGGCCCCCUGCCCCGCCUGGUGACCGAGGCACUGCGGACCGGCACCACUGAAUGGUUCCACCUGAAGCAGCAGCACCAUCAGCCCAUGGUGCAGGGCAUGCUGGAGGCGGGCAAGGCCCUACUGAGCCUGGUACAAGACAUCAUUGGCGACCUGCACCAGUGCCAGCACACGUGGAACAAGAUCUUCCAUAAUGUCCUCAAGAUCGACCUCUUCUCCAUGGCUUUCCUGGAGCUGCAAUGGCUGGUGGCCAAGAGGGUGCAGGACCACAUUGCGGUGGUGAGCGGUGCCGUGACCCCGGAGAUGGGCGAAAGUCUGUUCCAGCUCUACAUCAGCCUCAAGGAGCUCUACCAGCUGGCCCCGGUCCCCUCGGAGAGGGAUGGCGUCCUGGCCCUGGAAGGCUUCCAACAGUGGUUCCAGCCGGCCAUCCCCUCCUGGCUGCAGAAGACGUACAGCGUGGCCCUGGAGCGGGUGCAGCGCGCCGUGCAGAUGGACGAGCUGGUGCCCCUGGGUGAACUGACCAAGCACAGCACGUCGGCUGUGGAUCUGUCCACCUGCUUUGCCCAGAUCAGCCACACUGCCCAGCAGCUGGACUGGCCUGACCCAGAGGAGGCCUUCAUGAUCACCGUCAAGUUUGUGGAGGACACCUGUCGGCUGGCCCUGGUGUACUGCAGCCUUAUAAAGGCCCGGGCCCGUGAGCUCUCUGCCGGCCAGAAGGACCAAGGCCAGGCAGCCAACAGGCUAUGUGUGGUGGUGAAUGACAUGGAGCAGCUGCGGCUGGUGAUCGGCAAGCUGCCCACCCAGCUGGCAUGGGAGGCGCUGGAGCAGCGGGUAGGGGCUGUGCUGGAGCAGGGGCAGCUGCAGAACACGCUGCAUGCCCAGCUGCAGGGCGCCCUGGCUGGGCUGGGCCAUGAGAUCCGCACUGGCGUCCGCACCUUGGCCGAGCAGCUGGAGGUGGGCAUUGCCAAGCACAUCCAGAAACUCGUGGGCAUCAAGGAAUCCGUCCCGCCUGAGGAUGGCAAAGGAAUGGGGGUGGGACCAGAAUGGGCCAGAACCAGACGUGCUGCUGCCCCUCCCCAGGCCAUUCUGCCCCUGAUGAAGUUCCUGGAGGUGAAGCUCUGCUACAUGAACACCAACUUGGUGCAGGAGAACUUCAGCAGCCUUCUGACCCUGCUCUGGACCCACACACUCACGGUGCUGGCGGAGGUGGCUGCUUCCCAGCGGAGCUGCCCUCUGGCUUCUAGCAGGCUGAAGAUCGCACUACAGAACCUGGAGAUCUGCUUCUACGCAGAGGGCUGUGGCCUGCCGCCCGAGGCCCUGCACACGGCCACCUUCCAGGCUCUGCAGAGGGGCCUGGAGCUGCAGGCGGCCUCCAGCCGGGAGCUCAUCCAGAAGUACUUUUGCAGCCGCAUCCAGCAGCAGGCAGAGACCACCUCCGAGGAGCUCGGGGCCGUCACGGUCAAGGCCUCCUACCGCGCCUCCGAGCAGAAGCUGCACGUGGAGCUGCUCAGCGCCUCCAGCCUGCUGCCCCUGGACUCCAAUGGCUCCAGCGACCCCUUUGUCCAGCUGACCUUGGAGCCCAGGCACGAGUUCCCUGAGCUGGCCCCCCGAGAGACCCAAAAGCACAAGAAGGACCUUCAUCCACUGUUCGAUGAGACCUUUGAAUUCCUGGUGCCUGCUGAGCCGUGCCAGAAGGAUGGGGCGUGCCUUCUCCUCACCGUGCUGGACCACGACACGCUGGGGGCUGACGACCUGGAAGGGGAGGCCUUCCUGCCGCUGCGCUUGGUGCCGGGCCUGACGGGGACUGAGGAGCCCGGCGACGUGCCUCAGACCCGCCUGCCCCUCACCUACCCUGCACCCAACGGGGAUCCAAUCCUGCAGCUGUUAGAGAGCCGGAAGGGUGACCGCGAGGCCCAGGUGUUUGUGCGGCUGCGGCGGCAGCGAGCCAAGCAGGCCUCCCAGCACGCCCCGUGACCAGGGCAGCAGCAGCGGGGCUUGGGUCCCUGGGAGGCCUGGGUUCUCCCCACCACAGCGCAGCCCUCCCGCCUGGCCUAACACUCCAGGAGGGCCCUGCAGGUCAGGGGAGCCCCAGUGUGCGGGGUUCCUGCUGCCAGAGCCGGGGCCCACAGUGAUGGGGGCCCCAUUCGCAGUAUUUAUACCCCCUCCUUCCUCCCCUCAGCCCCAGCCUCGGCAUUCUCUGCCAAAUCCAGCCCCUGGGGGAGCGGAGACAGCUGUCUGCACCCCUUACCCCUGCUCCCCUCUUCGGGCAAAGCUGCUCUGGCAGAGGAGGGGCUCAGCCCUUCCUCUCCUGGCAGGCCUGUUCCAGCCACUGAGGUGGGGGGCCAGGUGCCUUGGGCCUAUUCUUCAGCAGCCAUAAUGAAGGGAGCCUGGGUCCUCUCCUGAGGGAGCUGCCAGCACCCAGGCUAAGGAGCCUAGAGCCAGGGACCUUCUGGCUCUGAAGGGGUGAGAACUGGUGGGCAGUGGGGCUGGCACAGUUUGGCUAGCUGUGUCUGCCGAGGACCACUCCUCCUUGGGACAGUACCUAGAAAUUUUCUUAGCAAAAUAA